GCUUGUCAUUUCAUUUAAAAAACCCAAAAGAUGACCCCUGAUUUGUGGCGUGUUUCUAGAUGUCAAAACAAGCUGAUCUAAUCGAAGGUGUUCACAUGUGUAUGAAUCCUUGAGAUUGUAUUUGUUUUGCAAAAAAAAGAAAAAAAAAACUCUUCAGCCACCUUUUUUAUCAACAAAAGUUGUUUGAGCUCCAUCAUAAUCGACAAAACCCGCUCGGGAGUGGAUUUCGGUGGCCAAACACAAACGCGUUUUUAAACAACUUAUCUAUAAUAGAACUUCGGAGCAAAGAACACAAUAAUUUCACAUGAUUUUCGUACGAAACAGUCAAAUUUCUGUAAUUUUCGUUUGAAAAUCGUUCAAACCGAAGAAUCCAUUAGCGUUUGCAUUUUUAAAAAAACGAAUCCAGGAUGGGCCGGGAUAAGGAUUGAGGCCCGUCCAAAACGGGGGGGGAGAACCCAAGUCUGGCUGCCGCGCCGCUUGCCGUCGCUUCGCCGGCGGUCGCGGUCCGGCGAUCUCUGCCCAGCCCAGGAUCCGCCUCCAGGUAUCCCCCCGCCGUUCACGAACCGGCGUCCGCGUUCAUGGGGGGCGGGAGGAAGCGGCGACGCCGGGACGGGUCGGAGGCGCCGGCGAUCCACCCGCGCAACCGCUACGCCGCGGCGGCGCCGGACUUCGCGGCGCUGGCGUCGCUCUACCCGUCCUUCGCCCCCUUCGUCUCCGUCUCCCGUGGCGGCCGCGCCUCCAUCGACUUCACCGACUUCGCCGCCACCCGCGAGCUCACGCGCGUCCUCCUCCUCCACGACCACGGCGUCAACUGGUGGAUUCCGGAUGGACAACUAUGCCCUACCGUGCCAAACAGAUCCAACUACAUACACUGGAUCGAGGAUCUUCUCUCAUCAGACCUCAUACCACCAUUAUCCAGCUCAAAUAAGACCGUGAGGGGCUUCGACAUAGGCACAGGUGCCAAUUGCAUCUACCCUCUACUUGGGGCGUCUUUACUAGGCUGGAGCUUUGUUGGAUCUGAUGUGACUGAUGUUGCUCUUGAAUGGGCUAGAAAGAAUGUGGAGAACAACCCACAGCUUGUAGAUCUGAUUGAGAUUAGGAAUGCAAACAAAAUGUCCUGUUCUUCUGAAUCUGAAGCUGUUGUUGGUGAAGCAGACAGGGAGAACACUUUAGAGCCAGUGGAUGGUGUAGGAUGGUCGAAACUAUGUAUCCUUCUUGGCGUUGUGAAGGAUUGUGAGAGCUUUGAUUUCUGUAUGUGCAAUCCUCCUUUCUUUGAAAGUAUACAGGAAGCUGGUCUUAAUCCAAGGACUUCGUGCGGUGGAACUGCUGAAGAGAUGGUUUGCCCUGGUGGUGAGCAGGCGUUUAUAUCUCGUAUAAUUGAAGACAGUGUUUCCCUUAAGAACUCUUUCAGGUGGUUUACAUCGAUGGUUGGCAGAAAAGCAAAUCUAAAAUUAUUGGUUUCGAAAAUUCGUGAAGCUGGGGCAUCAGUUGUGAAAACUACCGAAUUCGUGCAAGGUCAAACAGCUAGAUGGGGCCUUGCAUGGUCAUUCAUUGCUCCAAGGAAAAUGGUUGUUAGAUCCAGUGCACCAGGAAGAGCCAACCAUUCUUUCAUGCUUCAUGGCCUUCGACGUGAAUAUGGUGCAUUCCAAGUGCUGAAGUCAGCUGAGACUUUUUUCCAUGCUUCUAAUCUAUCAUGUAAAAUUGACUCUUCAUUGUUUUCUAUUGAUGUUACCUUAUCAGAUGAUCUGGCUCAGGCUGCAAUGUUGUUGGAUGAAUCUGAUUCUGUAGAGGGCGUUUCUACAAAGCUUCAUAGUGCUGUUACAGGAACUUCCUUCCGCAUUUCGGUGUUUGAACAAAUGCCUGGAACACUUCUGGUCAAAGGUUCGUUAUUGAACAAAGCACUAUCGGGUAUCUUCUCAUCCACAUUCUCGCAGCUAGAGGACACACUAAAGAUGGAAUUCCUCAGUAAGGCACGGUAGUUAAAGGCCAUCAUUAGGGCCCUUAAUUGUAAACUCCGAUCGGCCUAAUGUUUGGCCAUCAUGAGGCAGGCAUGGCCCUGGACGGUAGCCACAGAGGUCAGAUGUGCUGAGCUGUGAUGAAAAGCUACUUGUGCUGCAGGACUUCUUGUCGCCCCCAUCUUUUGCAGGUCUAGUAGUCACUGAGGUGCACUCUCACUGGGCAGGAAGGAAGCUCACGGUGCUUGCUUACAACGGAGAAAGACUUCUUCCUUUUCCAGAUUCUGCAGUGACUUGUGCCACUACUGGCCGUGAUGCUCGUAUAUGCAUGAAGCUGCACCCAAAAUAUCUGUAGAAAUACACUGCAUCAUCUAUUGAUCUGUAGGACUGGAUGAUUUCAUACGAUCCGUUCUGCAUGGAGUAGUAGUACCUUUUGGCAAUGAUAAAAUGGCAGGUGGCAGCUCAUGUUGGGCAGUUCUUCUGCAGUCGACAUUUUUUUUUCCUUUGGCCUUGUUUAGUUCCUAAUUUUUCUUUUCAAAAACAUCACAUCGAAUU